CAUUGCGCUGUCUGGACUUCACGGAGAGAGCGUCUGACCAAUUAGCUGGCUGUCUGGCUGCACCGAAAGGGUGAGUGUCUACCGAGGCCCAAUCAGCAUCUCAGUGCUGCCUGCCGGUGCCGGGGACUGGUGGUGAGGGGCUGCUGCAACGCGUCAGGACCGGACCGUGAACCCGGAGACGCUACACACUGAGGCGAAAGGAGAUACAGGAUGGAGCAGAUGUCUGAGGAGGCGCUGAGGCUGAACCUACUUAAGCGAGGCCUUGAGUCAACCAGUGAGCGAGAAGAGGCGUUGGCCAAGCGCCUCAAAAUGGAAGGUCACGAGGCCAUGGAGCGCCUGAAGAUGCUGGCGCUUCUUAAACGCAAGGACUUAGCUGACCUAGCAGCCCUAGAUGUUGCAGGGACCUUGGGAGAUGGAAAAGGCCCUGGAGCCAGCAGCCUCCAUCAUCAGAGCCUGAUGGGUGCUGCUUAUGAGGAGAAGUUAAAUGGGAGUCUGAGGCUGGGAAGCCACAGUAGCCCCGUUGGACCAAGUAAGAAUGGAAAGGAGAACAUCCUGGAUGAGCCAGUCGACAUGAGCGCUGGGAGAAGAUGUGAUGCUGAUCAUGACAGACGAACUCCGUCACCGGAUGUCAUCAUCCUGUCAGACAACGAGGCUUCCAGUCCCAGAACAACACCUCGGCCCGAGGAGCGUGUGCACAAGGCUAACCUGGACAUGUUCAAGGGGAAAACAGGAGAGGAGAGGCAGCAGAUGAUCAAAGCUCUAAGAGAAGAGCUUCGUCUGGAGGAGGCUCGUCUCGUGCUGCUGAAGAAGCUCAGGCAGAGUCAAAUGCAGAAGGAGAAUGUUGUCCAGAAGGUCCCAGUGGUCCAGAAUGCUGCAUCAUCUGUGCAGCCUCCUCCCAUCCACAGCUCUCCUGUCCUGGGGAAGCUACCUGUGAGGCCAGGUCUACACAACCCUGAGCCCCAGAACCUCCGCACUGCACAGGGUCACACAGUCAUCCGGUCAGCAGCUAAUGCCAACUUGCCCCCCAUAUUGAUGUCUCAGCGAGUGAUAGCACCCAACCCUGCCCAGCUGCAGGGCCAGAGGGUCACGUCCAAACCUGGGAUGUCUCGUUCCAGUUCCAGCAGCAUGGCUAAUGCUGUCAGCUACCAGCAGGCCAGUCAGGUGGCAGCUUCCCAGCGCUCAGGCUCCAGUGCCAUGUACAUGAACCUGGCCCACAUGCAAGCAGCAGCAGCUGGGGCCAGCGGGGUGGCCGGCGGUCUGGGCGGAGCUUCGGCCGUCAGCCCAUCCACCAUGUCUGGUUCAGCCAGCGGAGCAGUGAGCUCCAUGGCAGACCAGGCGAGCAGUCAGGCAGCAGCCAAGCUGGCCCUAAGAAAGCAGCUGGAGAAAACCUUAUUGGAGAUCCCUCCACCCAAACCCCCAGCCCCUCUCCUGCACUUCCUGCCCUCUGCUGCCAACAGUGAGUUCAUCUACAUGGUGGGCCUCGAGGAGGUGGUGCAGAGUGUGCUCGACAGUCAGGGUAAACUCAGAGGGACGCUGGCCCGUCUGGAGCCUUUCUUCUGCGCCCAGUGCAGAACUGACUUCACCCCCCACUGGAAGCAAGAGAAGAGCGGGAGAAUCCUCUGUGAGCAGUGCAUGACAUCCAACCAGAAAAAGGCUUUGAAGGCAGAGCAUACCAACAGGCUGAAGAAUGCCUUUGUGAAGGCCUUACAACAGGAGCAGGAGAUCGAACAGAGGCUGCAGCAGCAGGCUGCACUCUCUCCCAGCUCAGUCCCUACGAACGCCUCCAAGUCUGACACCAUGAUCCGACAUCAUGCCCUCCGCCAGGCUCCCCAGCCUCAGGCCUCCCUGCAGCAAGGGCUGUCGAACUCGGCACGAGGGGUCCUGUCCAAUUUUGCCCAGGCCUCCCAGCUGUCAGUGGCCAGCAGCCUCAUGGGCAUGACUAGUGCCAAGCAUUGUGGCAGCAGCGGAGGCAGCAGCAACAGCAGCAGUAACAGACUGCAGCAUGACAACCGUCGGCAGAUCUACAACAUCCCAGGGUUAAACAUUGCCUAUCUGAACCCAGCGGCUGUCGGAGCCCAUAAGAGCUCCAGCUUAGCAGACCGGCAGAGAGAGUACCUGUUGGACAUGAUCCCGCCUCGAUCCAUAUCGCAGUCGAUCACUGGACAGAAAUGAGCCCUGUCCAGCUCUUGCCCCUUGAAGCCACCUUCAUCUUCAUACCUAAACCAUACCGAAGCACUCCUAAAUCAGUCGAUACCCUCUCCUCUUCACCUCUCAUCGCAUGCAGUGCCUGUCCAUGUGCCUACCUUAAACUGACCCAUAAAAACCCCACCAAGUUGGACAAGGACUCUAAACUACCAGUGCAUUUGACAUGCUCUUAAUAUAGUAAAAUCCUUCUUCUUCAGUCUAUUUAAGAAUUAUAAUUCCCCUUAUUAUAACUGGUGGUAGCAUUAUUAUUCCUACAACUACCAUAUUUGCUUCUGUUACUAUUACUCAUUAUGCUUUUUCCUUUUGAUAGUUUGUUUUUCUGCUGUUUAUCCUUUACUCUGGGUAGUGACGGCCUGUUGUUGUCGGGUUUCUUUAGGCCAAGGUCAUAUAGGAUUUUUUUUUUCUUUAUAAUUUGUCCUAAAGCUUAGCUGCGACUGUUGCUAGUAACAGAAGAUCAAGAUGAUACGUUCUGGUUGCUAUGCAACUUACAAGCUUUGUAAAAUAGUCUCGACUUGGAUGAAACAGUGGAAAAUCCCGAUGGGUACAAAAACAGACAAUUUGAGGCUCUGCAUGCUCUUGAAAAGAGGAUGAAGAACCCAUUUUAAAAAUGGAAAACCUGGAGGGAGGGAAGGAGGGAGCAGCAGAGCACCCACACCUGUACAAUCUCCCUAAAAGGGCCUGCUUCACAGUGACACACAGCCAAAAUUCUGAUAUGCUAAACUUAAGCUUCAGGACAGCGCCGGAGAUUCUGCCACCGACAGAGUUAAUGAACUGGAAGCGAGCGACAGACGAAAGCAAAAGAAAAUCCUAUGUGAUCAGUGUUCGGAUAAUCUUUCCUUUGCUUCCACCGUUGUUCACGAAAAGCUUCUUAUCAGGUUCUUCAUUUCAGAUUGAAACAGUAACACACUUUUUUAUGCUGGAUGAUACUUAAGUUGUACUAAUCAAGAUGGACAGUCACAGCAGUUUACCAUCUGCCUCUUCAGGAGACCAGCAGUCAGUCGAAACUCCAGCAAGAAGGAAGCUGACAGGCCGAGUCUGUCGUCUGUGUACCUGCCAAGUAUUCAGGCUGCUGAUGCUCUUCAUUCAGACAGAAACCUGUUGGUCCCAUCCCAUUUCACUAUUUGCCAGUGACCUACUAAACCACCUCACCCAUGCUCCCCACCCCAACCCUUUGGCUGUUCAGUAUGCACAGACUGAACCCUUUUUACCCCGCUGUUCCUCGUGGCAUCGCAUAUUCUUUGAGAGAGCGAAAAGACCUCAAAGCUAAAGGUGGAAGCAUAUUUUGUGCGUCCAAACCACAGACUCUGUAACUACAAAUCUGGGUUCUUCUUCUUUUUAUAUUUUGGUUUUUAGAUUAUUUUCUAAAUGUUGUGCAACACCCAUUCCCAAAUCCUAACUACUAUUCCCAUCCCUACCUCAUCCCUUUUUGUUUGUUUGUUUGUUUAAACUUUAUGCGGCGUCUCCUAAUAAAAUGGUUGCGUACCUGAGAGGUACAGCUGCCGGAGACGAUAAUAAUCAACAUAAAACAGAAACUAUUAAAAUGUCUGUAUGGAUUAUGUAUAGAUACCUAGCUUCAGAGAAAAAGGAUGUGGAUUUUAUCUUUUAAGAAGAGGCAUGGCUCAAUCAUGGUGUGUAUGCUCUGCACACACGUUUCCUCACUCCAAAGGAGCACUGUGCAUAUUUCAAAUUAGAUUUUUUUGUAUGGAGAGAAAUUAAGAGUGGCUGCGGUCUGGAUGCUGGCUGACGGCUAACCAGAGUCCGGUGAGAUGCUCCGAGUAGCCUGGAUUUCAUCGAGGUUUGUUUUGUGUUUCUCAUUUUGUUUUAUUUACAGGCUCAUGUUUUUUCAUCAUAAUCCCCAUCAGAUGUGUUUACAUGCUUUUAAUGUUCAAAAACACUUUAUGAUCCUGCAGUUCUACAAAUGCUCCGUUUGAGUGUCUGUGGCUUUGAAGCCCUCCUUCCAAAAUUCCAAUUCUGCUCUUAUUGGUCAGCUGUGAUGACAAAAGCAAGACAAAGUUGGUUACAUAGGUAAACACAUGUUGCUUCUAUCCCUGUGGGUGCUAACUGAAAUCACAGCAGAGCUUACGUUGGUCUUGAUGGGUGUUGUUUGUCACUACUUGUUCUGUUGUUGACAACAUGAACAGGAGGAAGUCGAUGAAAACAGGUUUGUUUGGAACGUCUCUUGGUUGAAAUAGCUCUCAGUUAGCAUGUUAGCAUGCCCGAAUGGUAAAUGGACUGGUUCUUAUGUAGCGCUUUUCUACUCUAUCUGAGCACUCAGAGCGCUUUACACAACUCGUUGAUUCACCCAAUCACACAAGCACUUUUCUAAGUUUUAAGUGUUGUCUUAACUAACAUUCAUACACACAUUCACACCGAUGGAUGCAUCAGAGAGCAACCUGGGGUUAAUAUCUUGCCCAAGGAUAUUUGGCAUGCAAACUAGGAUCAAACCACCAACCUUCCCAUUAGUAGGUGACCUGCUCUGCCACCUGAGCUACAGCCACCCCACCUGAGCUACAGCCAGGUGCUGCCACCUGCUCUGCUGCUGGUGUGUCUUGCUGUUCUACCAGUUAUUACUCGUUGACCUUUGAAACAUGCACAAAGAAGUUAUCUAACACACUAAAUGAAGUUUGGAGAAAUGCUGAAAGGGGCACUCAACUUGUUGAUAAAAGACUAAAUCCUAAUUUGCUCUCUGCAAAUGUUGGACCUCAGUCCCAGCUUUCAUUUCACUGGUGCCCAGUUUGUACAUGUAUCUAAAAGAUGGAAUUACUCCACUCAUAUUCUGACGCAUAACCCUUACAGAGCCCAGCGUCAGGCCUCACACCGCAUUCUCACUCUAUUUAAAUUCAAAGUAAAGCAAGAGUGUCAUGUGACAGAUCACUGCAGCAAGUGUGCUGUUGGUAAUGGACCGGUUCUUACACAGCCUUUUGCUACUGAACCUAAGCACUCUGUGCGCUUUAUACAACAUAACCUCAUUCACCCAAACACUUUCUCUUUUUGCUAAAAUGUUUUCUAUCUAACAUUCAUACUGUGAUGGAUGCAUCGGAGCACAACUCAGGCUUAGUAUCCUGCCCAAGGAUGUUUGACCUGAGCAGCCAGGAAUUGAACCACCAACUCUCUGAUUAGUAGUUGAUCUCCUGCUCGACCUCCCGAGCUACAGCCGCCCCUUUAUUUGUGUUUGUGUAAAAUUAUCUAUUGUUGUUGUUCUUUGGUCGCACAUCAGUUACAGAGUUCUUAUUGCAAACUAAAUUCCAUCUCAGUCCCAGGAUAGAUCAUGUUUACCAUUUGUUAAAGUGACAGCACUCGUCGUUCAGAUGGAGAACUGUUGGCAUGUUACACACACGAUAGUGAAAAUAGUGAGAAGAACCAAUCGUUCAAUGUUAUUAAGAACAGACUCUUUGCCUGUUUCAGGCUUCACCUCAAACGCUACAGCCCAUCUUCUCGCUGUGCUCUGGAUAAGAAAUAGUGGAAGUUGGUGACAUAAAAUGUCACUGGGCUCCUGCUUUUUACAUAAGCAGCUCUCAAAGAUGCAGCAGAGUCAUGUGCAGUGUUAGGAAAUGUUAUUUCUUCCAACGUAGUUUUGGAGUUGUGACGACAAAGUGAGCCAGGUUGAGAACUGCGGUGCUGUCAAAUUAACAGAACUAGGCAUCUGAUGGUGUUAAUCCCCUUUUAUCUAUUUAUCAUGUAAGUGUGUGUUUUCACAAACCAUUUGAAGUAUUUUCAUGAUGACGUCGAUGGUUUUGCUCAGGACAAAACCUCUAAACCUGCCCCAAACCCCAAUCUGUCAGUUGCUUUUUCACAGUUAGUGAGCGCGCUGUUGUUAGACGGUCUCAAACUAUCAUAACCAACAGUGUUAGAUUAUGGUUGGAUACUGACCGAUCUGAACACCUACAGACAGCAGGCAAAAAGCUCGUUUUCCCAUAAAUUUGUCCUUUUUUCUUCUUUCUUUUUUGGUUAUCUUGCCUCAGUGGACCACCACAGUGGAUUUAAAAUCAAGGUGUUAUUGAGAUGCAGACUUUGUUUUAAUUCAAGGGGGUUAAACAAAAAUAUUGCAUCACCUGUUGAAUCUUUUUUACAUCUUUCAGAGGCUCAAAAGUAUUUGGACAGACUGCUAUAAUUUUAAAUGUCAGGAUUAUUUUUAAUACUUACUACUGAAAAUCCUGUGCUGUCAAAGACUGCCUGAAGUCUCAAACUCACGGACAUCACCAAAUGUUUCCUCCAUCAUGAUACUCUGCCAGGCCUUUAUUCCAUUUACUCCAGCUGCCUUCAGGCGUUGCUUUUUGUGUGUGUUUGCCUUAAUACUCUGUUGGGUUGGGAUCAAUGUCUAACUGACUCGGACAUUAAAGACCAUCCCAUUUCUUUGUCUCGGAAAAACUCUAGGGUUGCUCUUGCAGUAUGCUUUGGGACAUUGUCCAUGUGCACUGAGGUAUCAUCCAAUCAGUUUUGGAGCAUUUGGCUAAAUCUGAGCAGAGAGAUCCUGUACACUGCAGAAUUCAUCCUGAUGCUUCUGUCAGCGGUCACGUCACCAAUAAGUUCAGUUUUCAGGCAUACAUAUGUAUGCCAUAACACUGCCUCCACCAGCUCUUUUAGAUAUUCUUUGUAAAUAUCUCAUCUGUCCUGGUUGAUAGAGCGUAACCACAUUUGGACCUCGUGUUGAGAGUCCCUAUGAACAGCUAAGUACAAUUUCAACACUCACCAUUAAUUCCACAUCUGUUAUCUCCUUUGUCAGGGAAUAAUGAGGGAGUCUGACCACGAAUCUGCUUGUCUGUCAGCUGUCCAGUUACUUUUGACCCUUGAAGAAUCAGUCAAUGCAACACUUUUGUGAAUCCCCUUGAAUUAAAUCAGAAAGUCUUUGGUUUUGUCACAUCUUGAUUUGGUUUAAAGUCCACUGUCGUGUGCAAAGGCAAAAUUUCAUGGUCCAAAACCCUAUGGAAAUAACUGUAUGAUGGUGGUGUUGAAGAAGGUUUGGGAGGGAAAAUGAGCAAUCUUCAUAACUGUAAUGGCGCUGUGCAGACAUCAGCAGGUUAUAUGACAAAUACAUCAUUCAGACUGCAGUCGAAAGAACUUCAUGUAUUUAGCAUACCCUCUCAUAAUCUAAGCAAGAAGGACGUGUUCAGGUCAAGUCUUUGGUGUUGUUGGUGACAACACUCGGGUAUUUCAAGCAGUGUUCAGUUAAUGUGCAGUAUUAUUCACAGCACACUGUCCCUCCUGUGAAAGUCUGUCUCAAACUAGCAGCUGUUACUACUUAAUCUGUGAGAUUUGAAGUCUGAUGCAUGCAGAUUACUGAUAAUGAUCUGCGACAGCAUCCCGGCAGAUUCAGAUUAUUGAUAGGGACCUCGGACUAACGUGUAGUGAAACAUGGCUGAAGUGAGGCCAGACCUGUUGCAGAGGAAUCCACAUGACCUGACACGACCUUUGGCCGCCAUGUUGGAUUUCUUCAGCUCUCGGGUACCAGCUGAUGUUUCUCACAGAAACGUUUACCUCUGUUUUUUCUGUACGGUGUAUGUGUUUGAAUGGAGUAGUCACAGAUUACAGUUGUUCCUGUACAGUUGAUCCUUUGGUUUAUGACUGAGCAGCUGCAUAACUGCAUUCAGUUUCCUGUUCAUUGAAAAGUGUUUGUUUGCUAAUGCACAUGUAACUGCUCCUUUUUAAAAAUGAUUCACAUAUUGCAACUUGACAUUGGCAUUUAGCUUAAAGCACUGCUGUGUUCAAGUAAAAGGCACAUGGGUAAUGUGAAUGUACGAGCAAGAGAAGUGAUGGUAGGAGUUGAAACCAAAAAUACAGUUUUAAGAAAACAGAUAAAAGAGCUUCUCUCUAAAGUACUUCAGCACUUCAUCAGCUAAUCUGUGCAAGUCGGUCACAGUAGUCUUUAAUUAGUCCACCAGCCAAGAAAAACAUGUUGGAUACCGGUUAAUGAAAAUCACCUGUAAGCUGCACACGGGACAAUUUUUGGUCCAUAAAGAGAGCAGCGGCAAAGUUAUGACAGAGGUGUGCACGUUCAAACCAUUACAUGUAUGUUGAACACAGUGGGAAGCAAAACUAUCCAAAAACAUUGAGUUUUGCAUCUGAAAACACUUUGAAUGGUCAGAUUACAGUAACAACGUCCUGAGCUUCUUCACAGCUCAGGACAUUGUUGUAGUUCACUGUUAGGACAACGGUGACCCACGGAAAAUUCAGUGUUUCCUCUAAUGCCAUAUUCCUAGUUUUAGAGCUUUUAGUUUUCCCCUCUCCCUAAUUCAGCUGUUUUCUCACAUGUGCAUCUUAUAGCCUACUAACAAUCAAAAUGUAUUAUAUUGUUAUUGACACGGGGAUAGAAGUUUCAGUGUUCAAAUCCACAGAUUAUGGCUGAUUUGUCUUACUCUCGUUUCUGAAAUUUGCUUAAAUAUGAAGGUGGGUGCUGUAACAUAGUCGGGUCUUUAUUUUCUGCCAGAAUCUAAGCCCUGUAGCCCUACAGUGAACCCGCUGACUAAUAAAGGCUGUAUGAUACAGUAAUGUCAACUUUUAUUACAGUGUUGCUGAACUAAUCCUAAGCAAGUAUCGGUACCGAGUCGGCUCUCUGAUGAAGCUCCAUGUGGCUGAGAUCUGUAACCCCUGCAUCAUCUACAUGCGUAUAGUGGUUGUGCGGGUUUUUUUGUUUGUUUGUUUGUUUUGUUGUGUGUUCUGGUUGUGUCCAAGUAAUCCAGACCUGCCUGUCACUACUACAGAAUGAUCCAGUGACAAACAGUCCACAGAGAGCGAUCCCAGAUCCCUGCUGUGAGCUGGCACUAUGUGUAUAAAGCUAGACUGAGCUGAAAGGGAGACAAAAUUGUGGGACAUUUGAAAUUGGAUGUAGCAAAACGAUAGCUGAAAUCUAUUUUUGCUCCAACUCCUGGUUCGAUCUAUCUCUACUUUAGCUGCAAAGCUAAAGUUUAAAUGACAAAAUAAGCUCCCGUCUCUCUUUUUGCAGAUGCAUCUAUACAUCUUUGUAUUUGAACUUCGUUCUUUUCAACAUCACUUUUUAGAUUUUCAAGUCAUUCUUUAUUCUAAGGAUUUGUUGAGUUUGUUUUCUUUCUGUCGCAGUUAAAAAAAAAUAUUGACUAUGAAAUAAAUGACACAAUAUUUGCUAGGUUUUAAGUAAUAAUGACUUAUUGUACAUAUGCAUUUUUUCCUCCGUUACUGAAAAAAGAAAUUAAAUGGUUGUACAUUGUGUAGAAAAGCAAACAAAAAGCCAUGAAUAUUGUGAAGCUUGUCAUUUCGUUUUGUGAUCACUGUGUAUUAUUGUGUAACAAAUGUGCAAAAUGUUUGGGAUUCUUUUUCUUUCCCCCGUUCUGCUUCUUGAAGCACCCUUGCUGGUUGCAUUUGCUGUUAUUUUGAACUAGUUAGCGUUUGCAGGAAAGUGCUCACUGGUUCAGAUCAAAAUGGUCUGAAACUCCCGUCUGAAUACUUGUUCACCAUUGAGGCAUUAAACUUUAGUUACGUUCAAAUCACUUGUUGAUGGAAACACUUUGAUUGGUCGGACUCGGUGGGCCUACCCCUCACUGUCAGAACGCCGUCACGUUGGCGAAACCACCUCUCUGUAAUUACGUUUCUGUGUUUUGAUGGAAACGAUACUGCUCAGCAGUUUGUUACACGCAGGCAGAAAGUGGAUAUAUACGAACCACUAAGACGCAGAUUCUUACAACUGUUGAAACUUUUUGUUUGUUUAGCUUUUUGUAAAGAAGCGCUCGCCCUGAAUCAGUGACCACUUUUUCUGCCAACACCAGCAUACAACACGUAUGAUACUGUACUGUUUGGCUUUAUCUUCUAUUAAUUGUUGUUGCUAAUGCAGGGAAUGAUUUAACUGCAAAAUCAUUGUUUCUUUUUGCAUAGUGUUGACAAUUUUAAAUAUCUGGGAAGUAGGAACGAAUGAUAAAACGGACCAGAGACUAAUCAGACUAAUUUUUGUUUUACUUGCAUCAAUCCUGACCUUUUGCACAUACUUGAUAUUUAACGGUCUUCAAAAAAAACGUCAAGAAAAUAAUGCUGUUUGAAUACUGCCAGUUGAUUGACAAUUAUGCAUUGAUUGAAAAAAAAAAAAAUAAGCUAAUUUUGGAGGAAAUAACUUUGUAAUAUUUAUCUCUUGCAAGCUAUGUUUAAUAAAGGUUGAAACAAUUUGCUUCAAA